AUAUAGACGUCUACAACGGAUGCGUAAUGACGAUUUGACGCUGCGUGUUCUCAUUCUCAGAGGCAAUCGCCAUCGUCUUGUUCCUUCUUCCAGUUAGGGUUAGCAGAGUAUUCACUUAUAAACAACAGAAUACCACAAAUUCGUCCGUUUCUUCAAUUCAGCAUCUCCGAAAUCAAAAUUCGUAAUAUCCUUCAUCCUUUGAAUUUUGCAAUUUCUUCCCGUUUUCGGUCGUGAACCGCGAAGUAAUUAAAAAUGGGUGGACAUGGCGGUUUGAACAUCCUCCCUCAAAAGCGUUGGAACGUUUACAAUUUCGAUAACAGAGAGAAAGUCCGUCGCGACGAAGAACAAGCCGCAAAAGAGGAACAACUUAAACGCGAACAAUCGCGAAGGCGCGAUACUGAGUUCCGUCUCGAACGCCUUCGUGUCGCUCGAGGUAUAGCACCCACUAUUCAGCCUCGUGAAUCCGAAUCCGAACCCGAACCUAAAGCCGAACCUGAGACCGUUCCCGAAGCAGAAGCCGGUGACUCAGGUCACAUUAACCUCUUUGAAGGAAUUAAGAUUUUCGAUCCGAUUCGAGUGCCUGAGAGAAAGAGUGGUGAUGAAAGAGAGGAAUUGAAGAAGAAUAAGAAAUUGAAGAAAGAGCAUGGAGAUUCCGUUCGUGUUGUGGGUCCUGAAGAUGAGAAAUAUAGGUUAGGUUAUGGUGUUGCAGGGAAAGGGGUUAAGUUGCCUUGGUAUCUUCAAAAGCAGAAAUUGAAUGAUGAUGAUGCUGUUGGUGAUGAUGUUAAUGGUGAAAAUAGUGAUAGGAAGGGUGAGAAAAGGAAGAAGACGUUGGAAGAGUUGAGGGAAGAAAGGUUGAAAAGGGAGAAGAGAGAAAAGGAAAGAGAGAGGGCAUUGAGACACCAGAAGCAGCCAAGUCGUGGAGAUUUUUAUGGCGGCGACAGAUACUACAGGAGAUGAUUAAGGGUUCUGCACUUCGUGAUCUCCCAGGACUUUUCCUUCCUCAUAUGGGAUUCAUGCUGGCUACAUUCUCGAGAAAUUUGCGCUAGCGUUUUCUCCCAACCCUCCUCUACCUCAUUAAGAAUAUUGUGAAAUACAGAGUGGUUUGAUUGCUGGAUGAAUCCGCUUGACACUCGUAGCUGUGAUUUAAGUCCUUGUCCUGUAAUGUGGUCAAAACCAAAUGCUUUACCUAAUGAAAAUAAAGAGCUUAUCUUCAAUUUUUUAGAUUUUAUGUUUGGUUUGGAGUUUAUUAAGCUUGUACCAGGUGAAUUGUAUACUGAACAAAGUUUUAAUCAUUGCCAUGUAUAUGAAAGAAAUAAUCUUUUAUUAGAAUAAUGAAACUGUUCAGUUUGACAAGAAUA